AGUCUGUCGCGCGACGCCGCUGCCGCUUCUCCAACAGCCCGAGGGAUACUUAGAGGGAGCCGAGAUGGCUCGCGAAUGUUUUCUCGCGACCUUCUGAAAACUGCAGCCCAGCCCGGUUACAAUACACAAGAACGAGCAUGCUCCUGCUGGGCUUCCUCCUCGCCAGCGCGUGCGCCGUUGCAGAAGCGAGGGCCUUCGUCAACAUCUCCGGCGACGUAAUCCUGGGAGCGCUCUUCCCGAUUCACCGGAAGGGAUCGGGCAGCGAGAACUGCGGCAAAAUACAGUUGGAGGACGGCAUCCAGCCACUGGAAGCGAUGCUCUACACGCUCGGUCAGAUCAACCGAGACCCCGACAUUCUGCCCGGCGUGCGGCUGGGCGUUCUGGCCUUCGACUCCUGCGACAAUCCGAAUUACGCCCUCGAGCAGGCGCUGAAUUUCGUAAAAGGUUUCAUCGCUCACGUCAACGAGUAUCACAAAACGGAGUUUCAAUGCCUGGACGGUAGCGUGCCAAAGUUUCUCGGCGGCGGUUUCGACAGAGUCGUCGCGGUCUUGGCGGCCCAAUCCAGUUCCGUUACUUUGCAGGUCGCAUCGAUGCUGAGGCUGUUCUCGGUGCCGCAGAUCUCGUACAUGGCGACGACGCCCUCGCUGAGCAGCAAGGAGCGCUUCCCGCACUUCUUCAGGACCGUACCGAGCGACGUCAACCAGGCUCACGCGAUGCUCGAGAUUCUCAAGCAGUUCGAGUGGACGUACGUGUCGGUGGUCUACUCGGACACGGAGUACGGUAACCACGGCUACGAGACCCUCGUCUCCCUGGCGAGCAAAUACUCCAUAUGCUUCAGUGCGCCGCAGCGCAUCGACAAGGAGCGCUUCUCGCGCGAGGACUACGACAACGUCAUCCGCACGAUCGCCAACAAGACCGAAGUCCGAGUGGUCGUCCUGUUCGCGGAGAAGGUGACGACGCUGCACGUGAUGGACGCGGCCCGUCGGCUGGGCGUCGGCACGCGCUUCGUCUGGAUCGGCAGCGACGCCUGGUCGACCAGCAACCACCGCAACUUUCUCAACCCCGGCCGACGCGACGAGCCCGAGGAAGUGGUGCUCGAAGGCGCGCUGGCGGUCCAGCCCCUGUCGCGGCGCAUGUCGGGCUUCGACGACUACUUCGCGAGCCUGACGCUCGCGCACGAGGCCGUGAAUCCCUGGUUCCGGGAGUUCUGGCGCGAGUUCCACAGGUGCGACGAGAAGAACGCGACGGAGGCCGACUCGGAGGACGCGGACUACCAAGAGCAGUACGAGCGCGACGUCGCCUGCUCGGACGAGGCCCGGCAGAGGAUAGCCCGCCGGACCGGCUACAAGCAGCAAAAGUUCCUGCACUUUGUGCGCGACGCGGUCUACUCGGCGGCUCACGCCCUGCACGACAUGUUCCUCGACAGAUGCGGCCAGGAUUACCAGGGCAUGUGCGAGGCCGUGGAGCACAUCGACGGCGCCACCCUCAGCAAGUACUUGGCCAACGUCUCCUUCAAAGGUACGCUCGUUAUGAUAAUUGACGCGAAGACGUGCGCUGGAAAAACAAGCUUGUUCGCAGACGAGGCCGGCAACAAGUUCAGAUUCAUGAACGGCGUGGACGGGCCGCCGCGGUACUCCAUCCUGAACUACCAGAGGGCCGAGGACGGAUCCUACCGCUGGCACGUUGUCGGCAAUUACACGCAGUCGGAAAACGGCAGUCCGGUGCUGCAGCUGGACCAGCGGGUGAUGAAGUACCGGAGCGAGGAGGAGGGCGGCCGCCGCUUCUUCCCGAACUCGACGUGCGCCAGCCCCUGUCAGGCCAGCCAGGUGAAGGUGCGCGAGAAGCAGGACCCCUGCUGCUGGCGGUGCCGCAACUGCGGCCUCUACCAGUUCAAGCUGGACGACCACCGGUGCGAGGACUGCGAGUGGGGCACCAGGCCCACCGAGGACAAGACCUCCUGUUCGGCCAUUCCGGAGGAGUUCAUAGACUACUCGAGCCCGUGGGCGGUCAGCGCCAUGGCCGUGGCUACUUGUGGCAUCCUGCUGACCAUAUUCGUGCUCUGCGUGUUCUGGCUGUACAGCGAGACUCCGAUAAUCAAGGCCUCCGGCCGCGAGCUCUCCUGCCUCCUGCUGCUGGGCACACUGGCCUCCUUCCUCAUGACCUUCGCCAUCAUCGCCCGGCCCAAUACCCAGACCUGCGCGAUUACGCGAUUCGGGAUCGGGCUCUGCUACACGCUCUGCUACUCCGCCCUCGUCACCAAGACCAACAGGAUCCACCGCAUAUUCAACAACGCCACCAACAGCCCGCACAAGCCGAGGUACACCAGUCCAAGAUCUCAGUUGAUAAUAACGGGCAUCAUCACGUUCAUCGAGGUUCUGAUAAACGGUGCGUGGCUACUGAAGGCGCCACCGUCCGCGACCUACGCCUUUCCGACGAGGGAUACGCGCUUGAGGAUUUGCCAGGGCUUCGACGAUCGCUCCUACACGAUCGGACUGAUCUAUCCGUUCAUCUUAAUCGUGGUAUGCACGGUGUACGCAGUGAAAACGCGCAAAUGCCCAGAAGGGUUCAACGAGACGCGCUACAUCGCCUUCACCAAUUACACGACGAUGAUUCUCUGGCUGGCUUUCGUUCCUCUCUACCUGGCCUCGACGAGCAACGCUAUUCGCGUGGUUACCCUGGCGCUGUCACUAUCCCUCAGCGCACUCGUCCAGCUCGCCUGCCUCUUCUUCCCCAAAGUCUACAUCGUCCUCAUGAAGCCGGAGAAGAACACCAAGGAGCUGGUGAUGGCCCACCACAGAAGCUCGUCCUACCUGCCGACGCCGGCAACUCCGGUGGUCAUUUUGAAUGGAAAUCCCUUUACCUUCAACGUGUCGGCUAGAGAUAACAAGUAGAAAAGAUAGUGGCUAAUCCAAGCUUAUUGCUCAUUUCUUUUAUCUGUCUUUAUCGUUUGGAUUUAGCGGUGAUUUAGUGCCUCUAUUUCAUCUCUUCGGCCCUGGGAACAAAGACUUUUGAAUGUGAAAUGACGUUGAAACUUAUUUACUUCCGGAGCUGUGAUUUUUAGUCAUUUAUUUAUUUAUUUAUUUAUUUAUUUAUUUAUUUAUUUAUUUAUUUAUUUAUUUUUUACAAUAAUAGGUAAUCCUAAUCAAAACUAAUUCUUCUCGAAAUUUUGAGUAUACAAACCAUGAUGACGCGAUUAGAAAUAAAAUAAACAUAAUCCAUUCAUAGUGUAAAAAGACGCCGGCAUGAUUAAUAUAAUUGUAGUUUAUAGAACAUAGGACGAGAAUCGGCAUCAGCAUCUAUAAAAUAUUGUAAAUAACUGUACAGAAUACCAUUCAUUGGAACGUAAAUCGAAUUAUAUGAACGGUCAAAAUAAAUCAUCGUACAAAGUAGGGGAAAAUAAAUAAUACGAAAGUUUGGUUAGUUAUUUGUAAAUAUAUUAUUAAGUAACAUCUAUAAUAUAAUAAUGAAAAACCAUCUAUAUUCAUAGGUAUCAUUGUAAUAUUUCAAUCCGAUAAUAAAACACUCAGUAUGUAUAGAUUUCCGUAGCUUCCAAGCGUGAGCCCUAUUUCCGUGUUUGUUUGUGAGUCUGGCUUUUCACAGCAGCUUUGGUGUACCGACUCUUAAUAUAGAUUAUUAUAUAAUAUUCAUGUAAGAUUUCUGUUUUAUAUUUUACAAUUUAUUUAUUUUAACGCUAAGCUGAUAACACUUCCAUUACUUCAGUAAAAAAUCGAAGUAUCGUUAGGCGCUUUUGCUUUACACGCGAUUAUCUUACAGUCUAGCUUUCAUUUUUUCAAUACUUUUUUAAUUUAUCUCUCAGGAAUAAUCCAAGCAUGGAUUCACCCUUCACGAAAUCGAU